GCGCAUCAGCAAGCCCUGAACCAUAGGUAGAAAGCAGAGAGAGAGAGAGAGAGAGAGAGAGAGAGAUCUUCACAGACAAGAUCACAGAAAUGUAAUAAUUACGAGGGGAGAGCGGAAAAGUGGGGGAUUUUAAGAAAAGCGACGCCAUCAAAGUCUACAUUAUUAAGGAGGAUUUGAAGAGUCUACGUUUAUAGGCUAAUCCGACAUCAGAGGCGAAAUGUGAAUCCAAAUAACUUAUGUUAAUUAGAGAUUUUAAAUGUGGUGAGAUUUGAACGACACCGAAGCACCGAGAGAAGAAUUUGAGAUUGGCCACUUGAAUUGAAAUAUCUGUGGGGGUUUUUAUUCGGAGUCUUCCUGUGAUCACCGUCGACUUGCCCCCCAGAACUGAUUUGAAGCUUGCACGGUGAUUCGGGUUUGAAAGGAGUUGGCUGUAAGGGGCUGUGUCGGACUGUACUGAGCGUUUGCGGACAUCACUCACAUUGGAGUUAACAUUAUUUCGGACAGAGGGGGGACGCUUUUAGUUGGUCUGCUUUCCCGGUGAUUUCUGCCUCAUUUCCAGAUCUGCCAGACUUUAUGAAAUAGAAAACUGUUGUUUGUUAAUAUUUAUCAAUCCCGCGGCAGCCAUCCUGCAACUGCAACUCAAUACAGUGGAUCGCAAGAAAAUCCAGAGGAGUGACAGCUAACACUCGCACGACGAGCCACGAAAGCUGUGGAUCAACUUCAAAACUAAAAGGCACAAGUUCCAAGUCUGGAAUAUAAGAAUAGAUGAUUCUCAGAGGACAUAAGACGAAAAACACCUAGGCCUGCAAAAAUGUUCAAAAGGGGCUGUGGACUGGAGUUCCUGCUGGUUCUCUGUGGGCUUGAGUUUUCUUGGUCCUGCCCCCGUCACUGUAUCUGCUACAGUGCACCCAGCACCGUCUCCUGUCAAGCCCACAACUUCCUGUCGGUACCUGAUGGAAUUCCUCCCGACAGCGAGCGCAUCUUCUUACAGAACAACAAGAUCCAUCGCUUACUACGAGGACACUUCAGCGCCAACACCGUCACUCUCUGGAUCUACUCCAACAAUAUCACAUACAUUGAGCCAUCAACCUUUCAUGGCUUCACACUGCUGGAGGAGCUGGAUCUAGGAGAUAACCGCCACUUGCGGUCCUUGGCUGAAGAUACUUUUCAUGGGCUGAGUCGGCUCAACGCACUUCACUUGUACCGUUGUGGACUGAGUUCACUUCCAAAUAACAUUUUCCAAGGUCUCAGAAAUCUUCAGUAUCUCUACUUGCAGGAUAAUCACCUGAAGUACCUGCAGGAUGACACAUUUAUGGAUCUCCACAACCUGAGCCACUUAUUCCUCCAUGGAAACCGUUUGUGGAGCCUUAACCAGAACACCUUCAGAGGUCUGCGAGCCUUGGACCGUUUGCUUCUGCACCAAAACCAGAUAGAGUGGGUUGACCGUUUGAGCUUUCAUGACCUAAAACGUCUCACCACCCUCUACCUGUUUAACAACUCCCUGAUAGAGCUGUCUGGACAGUGCCUAGACACGCUGCCUGCCCUGGAAUACCUACGUCUUAAUGACAAUCCUUGGUCAUGUGACUGCAAGGCCCUGUCAUUAUGGGAGUGGUUAAAACGAUUCAGAGGUUCAACAUCUUCCGUUGGUUGCCAGUCACCAGUUGAUAUGGUUGGGAAAGACCUCAAGGAGCUGCGAAAGGAGGACUUCCCCAACUGUUCACCAACUGUUCCAAGCUCAGAAUCCAGGGCCCAGACUAACAAUUUAUCUGGGACAGUGAAUCCAUCUAUGAAUCGUGGAGUAGUACUAGGAUCCGGAGGGCAGACCAACAUAGUGCAUCCCUCAAGGCCUGGCCGUUCUCGAAACUGCACAAAGCCUCGUAACAGGGUGAGCAAAGGGAAAGGUGACAACGAGGUUCACCAUUCAAAGGAGGUCAUGGCAGACAAAGAAGAUUCCUCCCCAGAUUUCACAGAGGGGGGAAAACAUGACCACACAUCCCCAGAUGGCACAGUCACAAGAAGAAAGCACAAGUGUACUCCCCGGACCACUGUUCGCCCCCCUAGUGGGGUUCAACAAGCCAACAAUAGGGCAACCUUAUCCCAGUCUUUACUACAUGCCAACGCCCUCUUUGUGGCCUUGAUAGUGACAAAUACUGACUACAUUCUCCGCUGACCUUCAGAGGGUUUAGGCAAUGCUAAUCACAAAAAAUAAGUCCUCAGAUCCUCUCUUGCUCCUGCACUACAAAGGCCUGGGUGUCUUUUUAUGUAUGUGUGUGAAUUGAUUAUAUGUGUAAAUGUAGUGUAGGGAGCUUACCUGUUCAAACUGAAACGGGUAUCAAAGCAUCAAACAUCAACAAGAGCAAAACUCACAGCACAAAAAUGGGAGAGACUGAGAAUGAUAGGUGACAUGACAGGUAAAUGCAGACCAAGCUUGCACUGCCAACGCCAAUAUGAUUUAAUCACUGUACGUAUUUGUGUCUUAUAUGUUUUAAGUUUCCUUUUAAGUAAGCAGGAGUUCUAAUAACCAAAUUUUGGUGAAAAGAGAACAAAGAAAACGGUGGAGCUUGCAGGGUAAACCUUGUUAGCUAGUUGGCUCUGAAAUGGAUAAGACAGGUCUUCAAGUGCCCCAUUGAGCUUUAUGUUUGAGUAUAAAUGUGAAGGCAAUGAACCUGUAAAGCCUCCAGUGUAAGUUUUGUCUUACUCUCAUCCCAUCUGACAAAUGUGUUUUUCUGUUGCAUCCUUCGCUAACAACAGGUCCAAACAAUUCGAUGUGUUUCUCAUAAACAAAGAGGUAAAGUGUAAGCAUGGCAAUAAAUUGUGAGUCGAUAUGAAACACAGGGAUUUGCCAUUCUCACUACCAAGUGAAAAUCUAUAGCCACAGAUGUUUUUAUGGCCAUAAAAAGAGCAACCAGUAAGCUCAUACACAAUACGAAGCCGUAACAAAUUCUAACCAUUUCUCUCUACAUAAUGCUGGGUUUUUUUCAGGUACUAUACCUUCUGCCUAACAGCAUUUCUACACAACUUUUUCUGACACCUUAGUUUACACCACUUCUCUCUUUUUGUGCAACUGAAGACUAAGCUGCUAAUUGUUUCAAGAUGAUGAGGACUGCCAUCCGCUAUUUUCAUUCGCUUGGAAAGCACUGCGCGCCUCUGGGAGAUCAAGCUGUGAAUAAUGAAGAGUUUGUCUAUAUCUUGUGUCAGAUGUUGUUCAUUUUAUUUUAUUUUUUCCUAAGACACGAAAAGGACCUAGAAAUGGAUCCCCGCUACAGGGCCCACAGGAGCCUUUGAGGUCAAGGGUCAAAUGGGGGCUUCUCUGGUUCCCAGUGAGGAUGUGUUAAAUGAUCCCUCUUGAGUGAGGACAUCCUUGCCUCAUUGAGAAUAUGAGGAACACAUUUUUUUUAGAAUCACCUUCAAAGACACAACAACAACUCUGGCGAAAAAAAUGUGUGCUUACAUUAAACGACUCUUGCGAUCAAUAAGUGUUUAAAAAGAACAAUUUGAAUGGAGCAUGGCGAAACUAGGAUCAUGCGGUGAGAAUUAUCCCUCUUUAUUAACUGAUGCGAUUGUUCAUGGAUGUAGGGAUCUAAGAGCAAGACAAUCGCGUCUGAAGUAAUAAGAGGAUGGAGUAAAACGCAGAUUGGAGACUAUUACAGGACAUGCUGUACCGCUGGAGCUGUUGUGCCUGCCUAAAAAAAAAAAAAUGUACUGAUAAGACAGUGUCCAUAUCAGUAAUGUGAACUGUACCAGUAACAAUGGAGACGGGAGGACUUCUCGCAGUGCUGAUAUUAAUCAUUUACUGUAUUACUAUGACAAAAAAAAAAAACAAUAUCAGUGACAUCAAUGAUGAUAACAGGGUUUCUCACUCCUCCUGUCAGGAGUAGUUACAUUUUUUAUUUUCUGGUGACUUGUUUAUUUUUCAUGGUAUAUUUUUAGAACCUCUUAUUUGUUAAUGCACAAUUCCUCACCUCCUCUUUCUUGUUCUGCCAUAUGUCUAUUAAUCAUUCUUUUUUUCUUUGCCAUAAUUAAAUUGUUCAGUAAGUUAUCAAAGAACAACCGUACAAAAUGUUUAUAAAGAUAUUAAAAUCUAUAUCUUCUUAUGUCUACCUCUGCAGUCUGCGCCUGUUUAUUUAUUUGCAGUUAAGACUUGGCUUGUUUGGAUGAAGUUAAUUUUAUGCUUAAUCCCCCUUUCUUGGCUUUUUCCUUUUAAUUUGUUUAAAGCAGAAAUUGAUUGUGUCAGCAAAUUUAGCGUUUUCCUCACCCCACUUACCCCUCUGUCUAUGCUGCGCUUUGCAAUGUGUCUUCCUUGAUCAGGCACUACUGGCUAAACUCUAGCUGCCUCUAACUACUAGCUCUCUUCUGUCUGUAAACACUAAUAUUUGGUAUACAGUAUAUGAAUGUACAGAAUAAAUAUUAACCUGUUAUAGGAUUGACAGGUGGAAGGAAAGUGUGGCUAACUUCCUGACAAAUGGAAAAAAAAGAAAAAUUCAGAUAUGACAUUCAGACGGUAAUGUAAUAGACUACAAUUCAAUAAAUCAUAUCAGAGCAUUAGGGAUAUUAAUGAAUGUGUCUCGUAGAAUCUGUAGCUAUUCCAGGUUAUCAUUAUUAUUAAUGGGCCUAUAGAAUAGAGCUUCUAUUUCCUCUCUAAAUUCCUCUCACUGUGAUAGAAAUUGAUCCACACAUGAGUAAAUUUAACUUUUUUUUUAAAAAUUCCAGUUGAAUUAAAUUCCUGUUAAAUGAUAAAUGAGUGCAGAAUGAGUGGUUGUAUGCAUGGAUGAGAGCGUUGUACAAUUAUAUUUAAAUUAAUAGCA